AUGAGCGACGAAGAAGCGAGCGAGAUUACAAACGCAGGCGAGCAAAAACUCGAAGGAGAUAUUGAAAAAGAAAUCGCUAAGUUAAAGUAUUUCUUAGAAGAAACAAAUGAAAUUAUUGAAGCGAAAGAUUACGAUGAAAUGGAAGCCAUAUACAAUCGCGCUGGGAAAAUAAUUGUCAAAAUAUCAGAGCUUAUUUCGCAAGCAGAAGAGUUGAAAAUCGAUAACGGAAAAACAACACGUACAGUCAGACAGUGGAAAAAGGAAACAAAGUCUAAAUAUUCAGAGCUGAUCGUAGACAACGAGAAAAUUGCACAACAACUAAAGGAAAAACAAGAAAAGGCUCAAGACGAAGCAGAAUUACGACGAUUAGAAUUAAAAGAUAAACAAUUUCAACAAGAAGAACGACGGCGGGCUGAAAUUCGAGAAGCACAAGAGGAUCGCGAACGACAUUUAUGGCAAGAAAAGCACGAAGCUGAAUUACGCAUGACGCAGAGAAAGAUAGAAAUGGAACAGACCGCUCGUUCAUCUACAGCGAAAUUACCGAAGUUAAAAAUAACACCGUUUAAUGGAACUCCCAUGGAUUGGGUGCGGUUUGAGAACAUGUUUCUAACACUUGUUCAUGAAAAAGCGAGUACAGCCGAAGAAAAAUACGGGUUUUUAUUGGAAAUGGUGAGCCCAAAGGUGAAGGAAAAGAUUGCUAAUUUGAAACCGGGUGAAGUUGGUUACAAGAUUGCAUGGGAAAGAUUAAAAAGCGAGUAUGGUCACCCCAAACAUGUUAUCAACGCCCAUAUGGAUGCAAUAAUUAACUUAACUCCAGUGAGAGGGCAUAAUUAUGAAAAGGUGCAAGAUUUCUAUGAGAAAUUAAGCAAGAAUUUCGAUGCAAUUCAAACUCUGGGAGACGGUGAAAAACUUUCCGGUUUUGUUAUGACCACUAUCAACAAGUUGCCACACAUAAAAGCCGACUUGGUUCGAGCAGAUGAUGACUGGGAAGAAUGGUCCAUGGAAGUACUAUUACUGAAUUUGCAAAAGUGGUUUCGACGAAAUAAAGUGGAAGAUACGAGCAAUCAGAAAGAAACCAGAUACAAGAAACCAGAAGGACACUGGUAUCAAAAGUCAUCCGGACCCCCAAAACCUCACUGUGUUUUUUGUUCGAAUAAUGAACACCGGAGUGAUCAAUGCAAAACAGUGAAACGAUUGGCCGACCGAAAGAAAUUUUUCGCUGAGAAGAAUCUGUGUUUUAACUGUGGUCGCACUGGGCACAGGGGAAAUCAAUGUCGAAGUCGUGGUUGCCUGAAGUGUAAGGCCAGACAUCACACAAGCCUGUGUGAUAAGAAUGAAGAUGACCAGGAGAACAAGUUAGUAACUGGAUUUACCACUAUAACUGAGGAGAAAUCGCUUCCAGCCAUUGUACCUGUCAAGAUAAAAGGACAAACCCUGUGGGCAUAUCUCGACACUGGUUCAGGUCGAGACUUUAUUUCACGCGAGGCUGUAAAGAAACUCAAUUUGAACCAACACAUCACGAAUCCCACGAGAUUGUAA